AUGCAAUUGAAACUUCUACCCCUUCCCCUGACCGAGACCCUCCUCUCGCUCUCCUUAAUCUCCGUCUCCAUCUCAGGCGUCUGUGCCUUCACCGAGCCCUGCAGACAGGGCCUCUCCUAUUGUGGAUCGACUCUGCAGCAAUACCACGACUAUUCCCCAGACGAACUCCGAACCAAAGUCCUCGCCUCCCCAAAUUCCCCCUACAAGUUCGCCGCGCUGGGACGGCCAACCGACGCCCUCUUCCGAUGCGACGAUGACCAGGGCGCGGUGUCUUUAAGGGAGUUUUGUUUCGCGGGGUGCGCGCAGCCGCUGAAUGGGGAUUCUUGCGCGACUGAGGGCCAGAGUCAGGAGGAGGUGUGA